GCAGAUAUUUGAGAACAGAGUCUUCAGUCUACUGUAGAGUCCGGGCCUGAAAUCAUCAACGCUGCAAUGCACGCUCUGGUUUCCAUCGCUCUGCUGUUUCUGGGAGUCAGUUUGGCUGCUUCGCUCUUCCUCCCCGAUUCCCUGGAGCUCAGACAGUUAAUGCAGCGCUAUCAGGAGGAGCUAGAACCCAACAGCACUAAACCCGACGCUCCUGUCCGAACCCGCAGAGCCAUCGAGUGGUCAGACCGAGAGGAGAUCCUGAAGCUGCACAACAAGCUGAGAGGAGAGGUUUACCCGACCGCGUCCAACAUGGAGUACAUGAUUUGGGAUGAUGAAUUGGAGAGGUCAGCGACUUCUUGGGCGGAGCAGUGCCAAUGGGAACAUGGACCUCAGGAUCUACUGAUGUCCAUCGGGCAGAAUCUGGCAGUGCACUGGGGAAGGUACCGCUCUCCUGCCUACCAUGUUCAGGCAUGGUAUGAUGAGGUGAAGGACUACACUUAUCCUUACCCACAUGAGUGCAACCCUUGGUGCCCGGAGCGCUGUUCUGGCCCCAUGUGCACCCACUACACACAACUGGUCUGGGCCACGACCAAUCGUGUGGGGUGUGCCGUGCACGUGUGUCCGCGUAUGAACGUUUGGGGAGAGAUCUGGGAGAACGCCGUGUAUCUCGUCUGCAACUAUUCGCCCAAGGGAAAUUGGAUCGGGGAAGCACCGUACCAACAUGGCCGUCCCUGUUCCCAGUGCCCACCAAGCUAUGGAGGAGUGUGUAGAGAUAACCUCUGUUAUAAGAGAGACUCUGAACGUCAGGAGACUCCAGAAAUGAAUGAGGUGGAAAAACCUCAGGAGCCGCUUCAGCCCAGAACUACUCCCCCCAAACCCCAGCCCAAACCAUCAUCACCCAAAAAACCUGCAAAUGCCAAGCCUUCCUCACCCAAGACGACCAGGAAUACCUAUCUGGCCCAAAAUAUCAAGUGUGAGACAAAAAUGAGGGACAAAUGUAAAGGAGCAACCUGCAAUAGGUACAACUGCCCAGCAAACUGCUUAAAUAAGCAGGGGAAAGUAUGGGGAACGCUGUACUAUGAUGUUCAAUCGAGUAUUUGCCGUGCUGCUAUUCACUAUGGAGUAAUUGAUAACAAUGGAGGACUUGUGGACGUCACGAGAAAAGACAGCUUCCCGUUCUUCGUAAAGGCAACCAAAAACGGCGUAGAGUCUUUCAGUAAAUAUAAAGCUGGCAAUGCAUUUAUGGUGUCAAACGUGCAAGAGCAAACAAUAGACUGCUACGCUACAGUGGCUGAGAUUUGUCCCUUCAAGUCGACCACCUCACAUUGUCCAAGAGUGUUCUGUCCUGCAAACUGCAUUAAUGAACCUUCAUAUUGGGCUCCAGUGGUCGGCAGCAACAUUUACGCUGAUGGCUCCAGUAUCUGCCGAGCGGCAAUCCACGCUGGAGUGAUCAAAGCCAGCGGAGGAUAUGUGGAUCUCCUGGCUCUGGAUAAGAGGAAAACUUACACCGGCACCUUGAAGAAUGGCAUUCAGUCGGAGAGUAAAACCAAUAGAGAAGGUGGUUCAUUCCGUGUGUUCGCUGUCAGAGAGUGAGACGCCGCUGAUGGGACACAAAAAGUCUGCUGUUUGCUUUAGGACAGGACAUGUCAACGUGGAAUGUAACUCUUCACAUCUUUCUCUGACGUUUGGAGGAAAGACACAUUUAAACCAAAGGAUCAGCCAAAGUCUUACUGCUAGUUCAAUCAACGGGCUUCCAAAGGUUUUAUAUGGAAUUGUGGAUGAAUAAUUGUUUUUAUAUUUACCGCACAUGCAACUCUUAACAACAUGCAGUGCGGUAGAAAUGGUGUCUUAACAGCGGUGCUGGUUUUAAUCGUUGUUGUUUUUGAUUUUUAAAUCAAGUCAGUUUUGUUUUCAGAUUUUUAAAAGUGUUUUAAAUACAUGCAAAAUCUCUAAUUUUUUUUCAUCCAGAAUGCAUAUUGAUCACACUGUAUUUAACCUGUACAGAUUUUAUAUUGUUCCUUUUAUUGUUUAUUGUUCUAUUGUUUUAAUUCCUCAUAUGUUUCUUACUUUUUUUCACCCCAGACUCAUUCUGAAAACGUACCCCUAUAUACAUUUCUGGAGAGCGCCAAAUACAUCGCAGAAGGUACUUUUUUUUUUG